AUCACCCAUAACGGCAUCGUUCUUUUCUCCUCCGGAGUCGCGUGGUUGACUCGCCUCCUCCCUGCCCUCUUCAAAUUCUCCAAUCAUAACAGCGCCGCCCCGCCUCAAAUCCUGCUCUUGCCUUUCCAAUUCCAAGGUUGCUGAUUCUCCGUAUCCAUUGAUGGGGAAAAUGGUGCUAUUUGGUUCCCCAAUCACCUCUCUUUCCAUCUUCAAGAACAUGACCACAUCAAAGGUGAGAAAUUGGUACGUCCCUGCUCAUUCCUUCCCGUGGCUCAAACUAUUAAAUAUCACGGAUCCUUGGCUCCAAUUUUUCAUUCCCAUUCUUCUCUUAUUAGUCUCGUUCUUGAGCUUUUCAAGGUCCAAUUUGAUCUGAGCGUGAGGAGACACAGCUGUGAGAAAUUUUGGAGAAGAUGGGAAGGGGAAUCAGCGAGCGAUUUUCAUUUUUUGUCUUCGUGCCGUGAUGUCAGUUCGCCCACGGAUUCUGUCGAGGCUGUGUGGCGCAUCUAAGAAGGAUUCUUCGAGGAAGUUUUAUUCCGAUGGGUAAAUGUCAUGAAGAACAUUGCAGAUUGAGGAUCAUUUAAGCUUAUGAAUCUUUGGAGAAAUUUAUUAUGGUGAACAUAGCAGAUUGAAGGGAUAGAAACUGAUGUAAUCUCUCAUUCACUUCAAACAUUCUCAAGAUUAAUUGAUGAAAUGAUGGCCACUUUCUGGAACUUAGAAGAUCGAUCUUUUGUAGAGCUACAUUGUAUUCCUUCUAUUAUUAUACGGUUUCCUGGAAUGUUACAAAUACGUGGUAUAUAACUUGAGAGUUUUGUAGUUUAAAGACCAUCGAUACAAGUUAUGUAUUGGGUUGCUUUUGAAACAUAAUGCAUUCUGAACUUUUUUUUGUUAGCAAGGGCCCAUUUUUUUUUGUCUCGCCCCAGGGCUGUAUGGACCGGCCCUGAUCCCGCUCGCCGGCACCACGCUUCUCCCCCACCCACCGCUCCGCGCAGACUGGACCACCGCUCUCCCCCUCCCCGCCACCACGCCUCACCCGCGCCACCCGCAGGUGCGGCGGUUCCUCCUGCGCCUCGGGGAGCGGGAGACCCUGCUCCUGCUCCUGCGCAUCGCAGCGCCUUCUGCGAGCGCCAGGCGCCGCUCCGAGCCGCUCCGCGUCCUGCCCAGGUGCAGGGAGGAACGCGGAGGGCACUUCCUCGUCGCCGCCACCCGCCUCGCCCACGCGCCUCCGGUGUCUGGGUCGUGAGAGCGGUGGCGGCCGCUCGGUUGCUGCUGGACGAUGUUGUGCUCCGAGCUGCACCCGCGGCGGCCCCAGCCCACCCGGAUGCCCACGCGCAGGAUGCAGCCAUGGAGGAACACCCUGCACCUGCACCUCCAGAGGAGGUGCUCCCAGCUGCACCCCCGCAUCAGGAGGCGCACGCACGGCAUGACGAGGCCGUGCCUGCAACGAUCGUCGUCGUCAUGGGCGCUCCAGGCCGCGCCCCGGCGGAGGAAGACGGUGCACCCGAGGUUCCGUCCGCUGCCGUGGGCGACCCUGCAGCAGCCGCUGCUGCCGCCGCCGAGGAGCAGCAGAUGGCUGCUGUCCCCGACGAGGGCGGCGAACCUGCAGCAGCCGCUGCCGCGGCCGUGGUCGACGACAUGCGCCAUCGACUUAUCGUCACCUACGAGCUCAUGGAGGUUGAGUGGAUUGCCGCACAGGACCUCGGCUGCAUGAAGCUAGCGGCCCAGGAGGCGGCGCGCGUCCACCGCGACAAGCCCAAGGCCAGUCCUCGCGCUACAACCGCCUCGCCGCCGACGCCGAUAUGCUCCGGCUGA